AUGAGGCGGCGAGUUGAGCGAGCAGAGCAGCGAACGAGCAGACCUUGGGGCCGAUUCGCUCGGUGGGCGAGUGACGAGAAAAUGAAAGUGUCCUGCGUGCAGCGAGCCGGACAGUGAGCGCGCCACUCGCUCGGGUGUCCCGUCGACCGCCGUCGGCCAGCAGUGUCCGCCCCCGGGCCGCCGCCGCCGCACCAUGCUGCAGUCCCUCUGCUUGGUCCUGCUGGCGCUGUGUUGCUGCAGUGUGUCGGACGCCGUCGAAGAGGACUGCACCGACUUCCAAGGCAACGUCGUCCAGCACGGCCUCCUCUACGUGCCAGGACCAAGUGUUUGCUCCUUGUGUGUUUGCUACCACAGCGAACCGAUGUGGUGCAAAGCCAUCUACUGCGACCCCCCUUAUGGUUGCAAAAAGUGGCGUGUGCUGGAGCGGUGCUGUGAGUUCCAGUGCCUUGACGAGCCGUCCCCCACGGGCGCUGACCUUCUCGAGCUCCCUACAGAGCCGACGGUAGCGCGUUCUUCUGCAACAGGUCUCCCUACCCUGAGACCUGCCGCCGUGCUUUUCAUUUUGCCCUGGCUCUUCUGGAUGCACUGAUAGUCAGGUGUCGAGAAACCCAAGGAGAGCAAAUGGAAGAUCAAAUCCUGCCUUGCAAGCUGUUGCAUCUCACAAUUGCAUGAAUCCAUCUCGCUGCUUUUCAAGUACAGGGGCGUCUAUCUCUAUCAACCACUCUUCUCUCGCAGAAGAAGAAGAAAAUCAAACCGCUGCUCGGUGUGUAGUCUCUUGUCAAGAUUUGUGGUCUCGACAGUUCUGGACAUGCAAGCUGGAUUUAGUCUCUGAAUAAUUGACCCCCAGCUUGCUUGAUCACACUCCGGCAGCAAGUCUGGUAGUACGUAUUGAUUCUAUAUUCCCCUCCCAUCUUAGCCUACCUAACCUAACGACUAAAGAAAAAAGCACAUGUAUAAUUAAGUGAUUUUAAUGAUUUAACACACAAACACUCUCAGUAUACUUACACACACUCACACUGAAAGAAGAAAAACAGCUCUGCUUCCAAAGACAUACAAACAACUACUGCUCUCUCUCCUCUCUAUCGGAAUAAUUCUAUACUCGAGGUUAUUAUUAUCACGCGCGAUGAUAUGAAAAUUUAUACAAGUAAAUUGUUUAUUAAUAUCUAGUGGCUUAUGGAAAACUUGAAAAUCAAUCAAACAAGUGAGAUUUAAGAACAGCUUCUUUGGUAGAUGCGAAACGAACGACUGAACAUAAAGUAAAUUUUAUUAUUGAUUCAUUGGUUGCGACGUUUGGAUGUGUGUAAAUGGAAAUAGGAAAAAAAACGUGAUUUCAAAUUAAUAUACAAAUCGUCACACAUAUUCUCAUCAAAUAUACGGAAUUCUCUGCUUAAAAGUGGGUUUCAACUUGUACAUAAAUAUGCUCUCAAGGGAACUGUAAAAGCGCAAUUUUUUUAAAUUUUUCGUUUCAUAUCAAAAGUACUCACGUUUUUGCUAUACAAGGCCAAGGUUUAAUUUUGUAAACUUUGGAUCUUCACCUGCUUCCUAUUUCGCCAGAAAACUUGUACGAAACGAGCGACGGGUAAUGACGAAAAUUGCCACUUAAUCACACACAGUCCAGUAAUUGCUCAGCAAUAUAUGUUAAAAGUUGAUAUUGUUGUGCAGCGAGAGCGUUAGUUUUAUAAAAUAAAAACACUCUUUAUAAAAUAUAUCAGAAUUUCCGUCGUUUUGGAAAUAAUGAGAUCUAAAUUUCUGCUUUUUGUGACGGUGUAGAUCAAGUUACAUUCAGAAUUGAUAAUAAAUUUACACAUUAUUGUCUCGUUUUUUGGUAAAAAUUAUUUUAACAUGAUAGACUUAUAUUGUUAACAGAGCUUAAUUUUAAAUAUAAAAUGUGGGAUGAAAUAUGGACCACGUUGAUUGAUUUGUAUGUCUGUGGCAGGAAGAAAUGACAGGAAAUAUAAAAUUGAUUCCAGUCUUCAUUAAUUUAUAAGGAGCUUGUGGCGCACGAUUAUAUUAUUAAAAAAAUCAAUUCUCCCGUUUUGCCACAAACCAAAAGAUAAAUUUGCUAAUUGCGUUGAGAAAUUUGUCUUUCAAACAAUGACAAUUAGAGAGUAAAAUAGUUGCCUUUGCAGCUGCUGUAAAAUUUUCAAAAAGUUAAUUUACCGCGGCUGUUGAAAUUGCAGAUUUAUUUGCCUGUUUGCUGUAAUCAUCGUAGGUGUAUCUCUAAAAUAAUGCUACUGAAAAAUGCCAGCUUUAAUGCAAAAUCAUUCUUUCGAGAUUACGAAUAAAAACGAAUUGGGGUCCAGCUGAAGCGAAACAAUAAAUAAAUCAGUCUAGUGUUUUACAAGCGAAAUGAACACAACUUCCAAUGUGAAAAAUCAACUGUGCGUGGUGACGACGGCUACCAUGAGAAAGAGUGAUGGUGAUUUACUAUUCCUACGACUUUUAUAAGCGUACUAUAAGAGAGAAAACAAGCGAGCUGGUACUCCUAUCGAAAAAAAAAGUGUAUUUAAUAGGCUGCUCAUUCAAAAGGAGCACUUUGGCGAUUCAAAAUCUUGCAAUCACACGUUUUCUCUGUCACUGCUGCUAAUACCAAGCUCAUCGAUUUACAUAAAAAAUUAAAUGCUAAUACAUAACCUCUCUUCUAUCUCUCUUUACGCAAACUAAGAUUUUUACCCCUGUUUGAAAGCUACUGCUUCACAGCAAAGUUAUAUAUUUAAAAAUAUUGUAUUAUCACUUUAUAUCACAC